AUGAAUAAUAUUUUAAAUCAUAACGAUAAGAAUUCAAUAGCAAGACUAUUGAAUCAAGCGAAUUCUGAAAGUGAUGCUAUAACUACAUCUACAACGCCCACGCAUUUCAUGAUGACAACCGUAUCUGGCACUAAACGAAAACAAGAUAUGAUUUUAGAUGGAGCAAGAUGUCUUUGGGAAACAUGUGCAGCCGUAUUUAGGUCCAUGGAUGAGCUAAUACCACAUCUUUCAAAGCUACAUAUAGCUGGACAUUCCGAUGGAAUUUUAUGUCGUUGGGCAUCUUGUUCAAAAGAACAGGAAAAUGACGAUAAAUUAAUCCAACACCUAUGUCAUGAUCAUUUGGCUGCGCGGGAACUUCAACAUUGGUGUAAAUGGCAAGGAUGUUAUUUACCAUUUGAAACCUAUGAAGAAUUAACCGGGCAUGUUAGUGAAGGGCAUAUUGGAUGUGGUAGAAGUCAAUAUAUCUGUUAUUGGGAAAGAUGUGAUCGAAAUGGACGUCCAUUCGCACAACGCCAAAAGGUUAUGCGACAUAUUCAAACACACACUGGUGAUAAGCCAUACCAAUGUACGAUCUGUAAAAAGCGGUUCUCAGAAGCUAAUAUAAUGACACAACAUAUGAGAACACACACGGGUGAGCGUCCUUUUAAAUGUCCACAACCCAAUUGUGGUCGUGAGUUUUCUAUUUCUGGUGCAUUAACUAUACAUCGUCGAGUUCAUACCG